GGGAAAAUAAAAUAAUGUCAUUGUCAAAAAAGGUACCCAACUGUCAAAGUCAAAAUCGAUAACGAAGAGAAAAUGCGUUUGAUUCAAUAGUGCAAUAAUUAUAAGUUUUGGCGUAACAUCGCUAAAAAGUAUGCGUAAUUCAUAAAAUUACAUGCUAAAGUUAUAAACCAUAAUCGUAAUUGUAUAACAGUAAAAAAAUGGCAAGUUCAGUAAUUCUAGCGGGGUUAGGUAUGGCAGCAGUGGGCUUCGCCGGCCGCUACGUCUUACGGCAGAUGCCCAAUGCCUCAUCAAAAUUUGCAGAAGCAAUGAAAAACUUACCAAAAUUUGAUGCGGAAAGUUUGGCCCAUUCUAAAUAUUACAAGGGAGGCUUUGAACCGAAAAUGACUAAAAGAGAAGCUGCAUUAAUUCUGGGUGUCAGUCCUACCGCUAACAAAAAUAAAAUAAGAGAUGCGCAUCGAAAGAUAAUGUUACUCAAUCAUCCGGAUAGAGGCGGCUCUCCUUUGAUUGCAGCCAAGAUCAAUGAAGCUAAAGACCUCUUGGAAAGUGGGAAGUCAUAAUGGCUACUUGUGCUUCAUAGUAGUGGUUACCUUGUGUAAAUAGAACAUCAAACAAUUAUAGAUAAAUGUAGUGAGCAGUUUUUGCUGGAGUUGCCUGGAAGAUUGUAGUUAAAUAUUUGUUACAUUGCUAUAAGGGUAAAAUAAAAAAUAAAAUUCAUUUGAACAUCUCAAUAGUCUAUUCUGUCAUGUUAAACAUCCAAAUACAGAUUCCAUAGCCUAUCCUAACAGUAAACUGGAAUUGGGUAGAGCAGCUUGCUAAUCACAGCACAAUACACAGGAUCCAAAAGAGAAACCAUCAAAAGAGGUUAUAAGAAAAUACAUUCAUAGUACAUCCUAUACUAAACAUGUGAUACAUUUAUAAUGAAUCUAGUUAUUGACAAAAUUGAUUCAGAAUUCCUAUUUAUGUACUAUUCAAUUUAGGAUU